AUGGGUGUCAUUAGUCUGGUUCGUGGUCGGAGGGACCACACCGUGGUCGAGGAUCUGCGUCCCACCCAAGAGACCGAGACAAAGAAUGAGGUCAAUGUAGAACAAAACACCGUCGACAGUGACCUAAGCAACCUGGCCCGCGCAGAGAAGGAGAUUCAGGAACACCCUGAUGAAAUUACAUCCGGUGCGGCUGCUGGUGUGCGCAAGGCCGAGGCGGUUGCUCUCGUCUGGGGCAAGAAGGCUGUCUAUGCGACCUAUGCCUGGAUCUGGGUCUGCUUCUUCAUGCUCGCAUUGCAUUCCGCCAUUGGCAAUAACGUGCUCUACUAUGCCUACUCCAACUUCCAGAAUGCCUCGCAAGUCAGUACUGCGAGCAUCCUGGCGAGUAUCGUGGGUGGAGUGCUCAAGCUCCCCGUGGGAAAGAUCUUGACGUUAUGGGGACGCGCGGAAGCCCUGGUCAUCUUCACUGGUAUCUACCUUCUCGGAAUUAUCAUUCUCGCUUCUUGCAACAAUGCCAACAGCUACGCUGCCGGCUACGUGCUGUACUGGGUUGGAUAUGAUGCCAUCUAUGUCAUUCUGGAUAUCUUCAUCGCUGAUACCUCGGGCAUGCGCAAUCGUGCAUUCGCUUUUGCCUUUGCCUCGACGCCAUUUAUCUGUACUGCAUUCACCGGCUCAUUGGCUGCAGCCAGUUUCCUGAAGACCGCCAACUGGCGCUGGGCAUACGGUGCCUUUGCCAUUAUCCAGCCCUUUGUGUUCCUGCCUCUGGCUGGUGUCUUCAAGUACUAUGAGAUCAAGGCUCGUAAGAUGGGUGUGCUUCAGCGUACCCCAAGUGGCCGGACUACCAUGCAGUCGAUCGUCCACUACAUCCAUGAGUUUGAUAUCGUUGGAGCCCUGAUCCUGAUGGCAGCUUUCAUCUUGUUCCUCUUGCCAUUCAGCUUGGCCAACUAUGGCCGUGCUCAGUACAAGGAAGCCUCCUUCAUCGCCCCCUUGGUUAUUGGCUUCUGUCUCUUCUUCGUCUUCGCUGCCUGGGAGAAGUGGUUCGCUCGCACUCACUUCAUCCCGUACCAGCUCUUCCGAGACCGUACCGUCUUCGGUGCCUGUGCACUUUCAGCCAUUCUCUACUUCAGCUUCUACUCGUGGGAUCUGUACUACUACUACUUCGUCAUGGUGGUGUACAACCUUGACGUUACCAUGACCGGGUACAUGACCUCCAUCUACACUGUCGGCUCCUGCUUCUGGUCUCCAAUCUUCGGUCUCUGGAUCCGCUUCGUCAAGGAGUUCAAGUACACAUGUCUCUUCUUCGCUCUGCCACUGAUGAUGCUCGGAGCCGGUCUGAUGAUCCAUUUCCGGGGUUCAGACGGCGACAUCGGAUACGUGAUCAUGUGUCAGAUCUUCAUCUCUUUCGCCGGUGGUAUGAUGGUCAUCGGUGAACAAAUGGCCGUCAUGUGUGCCUCCGAUCGCGAGGGCAUCCCCAUGAUGAUUACCCUUGUCUCUCUGUUCUCGAACUUGGGUGGUGCUAUCGGUUACGCCGUUGCCGCUGCUAUCUAUUCCAACACCUUCCCCCAGGCCCUGGCUCGUGCCCUCCCUGCCAGCGCCAAGGACCAGGCUUCGACUAUCUUUGCCGGUGGAUAUCUCACCCAGAUGAGUUAUCUGCCUGGUACGGAGAUUCGCGAUGCUAUCAAUUACGCUUAUGGCUAUAACCAGAAAUAUGGCUGUAUCUCCGCCACGGCUGUUCUCGUGCUUGCGAUUCCUGCUAUUGCUAUGUGGAAGAACUAUCGUGUUGACAAGGAGCAGAACAAGGGUACAGUGCUCUAG